AUGGAUUCUGUGAAAAAAGGUUGUCGAGCGGAUCGCCUCCGUAUGCCCAUUGUCGUCAGACAGUACCCUCAAGUUGGUUGCGAUCGGAGCAGGCAAGACUAUGGUAUGGAAACAGAGAAUGCAAGCAGGGCGACGACGGGUUCCUACGCCGCCACCACUCGCGGGAGACUCAGACCAGCUGACUGCCCGGAAGCCGGGUCUUGGAACUCGCCGGCGAUUAACACGCAGGCUGCCAGCGGGAGAGAAUUUGGGGUGCAGCAUGACCAGCAUUCUCGCUUAGUGGCGAGCAAGUCGUGGUUGGUGUGCUACUGGGGGCCUGCGUUCGAGGGACGUACCCCGCGAGAGAGCGACCGCUGCUCGCCGUUUCUGCGGACAGGGUGGCCGCCAAUCGAGCUGGCUGCGAAUCACAGAUGCCAGCAGCUGGUGCACGGGUUCACCGACAGUAUGGGUCAGCAGCAGAAGCGUGUGGUGGUCGAGGAAGAGGUCUUGAUUCGCAGAUACCGUUCGACUGAUCCCGGAAUGUCUGGGGCCCAGGCAUGGUAA